AUGUGUAUAAAAGGCAAGUUUUUUUUAAAUGGAUUUUGUCGUAAUAAAUCUAUUGAUGUAUUUUCAAUACUUAGGUUACCUCAAAGAAAAAACAUGUAUUCUCAUUACACAUCAGAUCCAAUUCCUGGCCAAUGUAGAUCACAUUUUGCUAAUGGAAAAUGUAAAUCCCAAUUUAUAUGAUUAUAUUAUAAUUAAUAGUACAAAGCGCAUAGCUAUUAUAAGACAACAAUUAUAAUUUACUUUAAUUGAAAAUGUUCUUAUUUUUCGUUCAAGGCUAGUAUUAAAUCUACCGGAUCUUAUCACGAACUUAUAGACUAUGGUUUUGAUUUUUCAAAAUUGCUCGGAUUUCCAGAAGAAACUAUUGUCGAAUCGCAUAUAAAAUGUGAAAAUGCAAAUAAAAAAAAGCUGAAUACAAACCAUACUUUAUCGCGUUCUGGAGAUAAUAUUAAAUCAUUUAUUAACAGAGAUACAGUAAAACCUAUGAAAGAAGAAGAGGCCCAUUGUUCCGGACAUGUUUCGAAAAAGAUUUAUCUAUCGUAUUAUUCUUCCUGCGGGAGCAUUAUUAAAAUUGUUUUUAUAGUACUUAUAUUUACUUUAGGUCAAGUAAUAACUGCAUUUGAUGAUAUAUGGAUUAGUGUUUGUUAAUACAGAUAUAAUUUUUUAGCGUACACACAUGUAUACGCGUGUAAAAUGCAUUUAAAGUAUAGUAGUACAUUUUUAGGGUAAACAAAGAAGAAAACAUUUUUCGCAACGUGAACAAUACGAUUUCACUCAACAGUACGUUAAUGGAUCACGGUUCAUUUGA